UGAAAAAACCCAAUUGCAGACAUAUCGUACAAAUAUGUUAAAAUUGAAUGCCUCCGUCCAUAGUUGGUUAACAAAACAGGAGAGACGUUUACAAAACGCUGUUGUCGAACAACAAUUGAAAGAAGCCGCUGCCAAAGUGGCCAGCAUUGAAUUGUUAGAGGAAAAAGACGAAUUUGAGUCCGAACACAACAAUAAACUGGCGAUCGGCGGCAUUACAUCAACAACAGCCUCAGCAGAAGAACCUGAUAGUACAACAACAACAACGGCAGCAGUAGGAACAGCAUCCGCAAACAAAACAACCAUGAUAACUGUCACCGAUAGUAAUGGCAAUCAAGUUGAAACCCACACCGCCACCACCACAACAACAACAACAGCAUCUGCAAUGAUGGCAUCAACAAGCAGCAUUGGUACCUGUACCACCACACACACAAUUGCCAAUGAAAAGAAUUGGGAUUUACAAUCCUUGAUAACAUCGGAAAAUGAAUUCCACAAACAUUUAAAAGAUGAAGUCAGCGAUAUGUACACAGCCUGGGAUGAGGCGGAUUCAAGAAUCAAUUCACAAUUGGAAGUAUUAACAUCUUCCUUGACGGCAUGGCGUCAAUUGGAAUGUGGCCUAUCCGAGUUCCAAUUGGCUUUGGGCCAGGAUCGUGGCACAUUGCAAGGUUUGGAAGGUGCUUUGAAAACUGGCCAAGCCACUCCCGGGGAGUUGGCCCAAAAUGUUAAACUGGUGGCUAAAUUAUUGUCCGAAAAAGUUAAUGUUAGCCAGGAACAGUUAACUGCCGUUCAGGAUUACCUGGAUCCCAAUCACAUCCUUUACAUUGCCAAAUUUACCGCCUCAAAUGGUUCUCUUUCGGAUUCUGGCAUUUCAGAUGGUGGUGCUACCUCUGAUGGUGGUCUCUCAGAACGAGAACGCCGUUUGGGCGUCUUGAGACGUUUGGCCAAACAAUUGGAAUCGGCCUUGGCUCCAGGCAGCGAGGCCAUGAAAUCAAUUGCCGCCCGCAUGGAAUCGGCCGAAAAUGAUUUAAAGAGUCUUCAAAAUACCUGUCGCGAUUUAAUUGUGAGAACAGCAGCUUCUCAUCAAAGCAAGAAACAACAAGCCCAAGAUCAAUUGACUGAAAAGAAAGAUCAAACAGAUUCGAAAACAGCACAACAAUUGAAACAUGCCAACGGUUGCCUUAAGGGACGUCAUGCAAAUGGUAAUGCUACUGAAGAGGUCACAUCGUCAACUGGAGGCUCUUCGUUGAGCAGACGUAAACGCAAAAAUCGUCGUAGCUCGGCGACUGCACCCACAAACUCCAUUGCCGCGGCUGAUAUGGCCCAAAGCAAUGCCUUGCAAAUGACCUCUACCACCGUCACACCCGAUGGUGAUGAUGAUCCCUCCGAUGACAAUUCCAAUUACGAUUUAGAUUCAUCCGACGAUGAAUUGAAUCCCAAAUCAAAACGCGGCUGGGCCUGGCGUAUCGCCCGUGUGGCCGUACCCAUGCAAUUGGCCUUGUUCACCGUGUUCUGUGCCGCCUGUCUUAUGCAGCCAAAUUGUUGCGACAACAUCAAUAAUUUGUCCAUGAGUUUCACACCGCAAUUGCGUUACGUACGAGGACCACCACCCAUUUGAAGGGUUUAUGCAGCGCCAACGGCAGCAAAGGUCAUACCCGAUUGUAUCCUUUGAUUUGCAUGCAUUACUAAGGUCUCUAUAAGAUUAGGGAUUAUGUUAAGCUUAAGGUCCCUUGUAUAAGGAAUCCCACGGAUUCAUUCUACCACAUAUAGGGCAUUCAGACAAAUCACAUUUGAGACAGACAAAAGAAAAUGCGCUACA